UUAUCUUGAUAAGAAAACAAUGAAAGUUGGGUCAGCAUCAAAAAUCAGCAGAGCAUUAUUAUAUGAUUGAAUUAAGAUGGGUUCUUUGAAGAUCCUUGCUUCCAAUAUAUUCAAUAAAUCCGUCGCACAGAAGCUUUUAGCAUCCAACCCAUUCACCACAUCAUCACACUUACGACCCGUGUCUCGUUUCGUGUCUCGUUUCCUUAGCACCAACUCGGGCCAUGAUACUGAUGAUCUGCGUUAUAGUCCUGCUCCUAGAUAUUAUAAUGAUGUGUAUGAUGAAUUUACAAUGAACAGGAGGCUAAACCGGCUACUAAAUACUCCUUACACUACAAGGGUAAUCGAGCCAGAGAUUACCGAUGAAAAACCAGAAAGCCUCAACUUAUUAGUACACAUGUCCGGAGUGAAAGAGGAGGAUGUGAAGAUAUCUGUUGAACACAAUACCGUCUUCAUUGAAGCUGAAGGGGACAGGGAACUUUUAGCUACUGUCGGCUGUGACAAGUAUAAUUGUUGGAUCGAUUUACCUGAUAAUAUGUACAAAGUCGAGGGUAUCAAGGCAGAGAUGAAGAGGAAUUUAGGAGAGUUGAAACUAAGUGUACCCAAGUUAAAAGAAGAGGAAAAAUUGAAAGAAGAGGAAAUGGUAUGCAAUGUGAAAGUUAACGUUAAGGAUUAGAGCAAGGGUAGAAAUCUUGAUUUGUGUUUCAAUUACUAGCAUAGUGCCCGCGCGAUUGCGACGGUGGUGACAGCUCGAUGGAUGGUGGCGGCAACCGGGGAGAAAGAGUAGUUUAAACUAUUGAUAUAAAUAUAAUAAAUAUAACGGUUAGUGAAGUAUUUUAAGAAUUUAAGGACUGACCGUGUAAUUUAUUUUAUUAAGCGUAUUUUAGGUAUAAUA